AUGUUCGCCCGUCUCACCUCCGCUCUCCUUGCCUUCACCCUCGUCUCCGCCGUCGUCGCCGGCGGCCCUAAGAGCGUCGAGUACGAGCAAUGCAACGGCGGUGAAAUCCAGUGCUGCAACAGCGUCCAGCAGUCCAACUCGCUCGACAGCUCUCUCACUAAGCUCCUCGGCCUCCUCAAGGUCGACAUUAAGCAAAUUACUGGCCAAGUCGGUGUUGGCUGCACUGCUGUUAACGUCCUCGGUGUUGGAGGUGGUUCUUCUUGCACUCAGCAGAAGGUGUGCUGCAGCAACAACAGCUUCAACGGCGUCGUUGCCCUCGGAUGCAGCCCUAUCAACGUUUCUGCUUAA